AUGACUGAUUCCAACAAAUUCCAUGCAGCUCUUGCAGUCUCCAACAUCAAGAACCAUAUCUCCAUCACCCUGAAGAUAGGAAAUGUCCAAUAUGUGACGUGGGCGGAACUGUUUAAUAUUCACGCACGUUAUCACAAGGUCCUCCACCACAUUGUCCCACCGGAGAAAGGUAAGGAGAAGGUGCCUAAAACCGAUAAAGAAAAGGAACUGUGGUCAACCCUUGAUGUUGUGGUCCUUCAAUGGAUCUAUGCAAUAAUCUCACAUGACCUGUUGCAUACUAUUCAUGAACCCGACGCAAUGACAAUGGAGGCGGGGAAUAGGUUGCGUGAUAUAUUCUAA